AUCGACCUCCCGAUGCGAAAGUAUAAAUCCAGUCAAGGCCACACCCGGCGCUUGCAAGGAUGUCUCUUCCCAAAUAAAUCAAUGAUGCUGUCAAAGUUUGUGUAUUAAACAGAGCACCAUAUUUUCCUACAUUCCCCGGACGACUUUCUUCCACAUCCAUCCACAUCCAUCCACAUCUUCACAAUACCACAAACAAUUGAAGAAAAAAGAAAUGGCAUGGUCAUUAGUUUGUCCUGCAAACCGAGGAAUAGGUUUCUAUCUAACUCGUCAUCUUCUUCAGAAUACACAGCUUCCCGUCGUAGCAACUUCAAGAAAGGAUGUCGAGGGAACUAAAAGGUCUAUUUUGACCGAUUUAGAUGUUGAUCCUAAGAGGUUGACGGUAUUAGAGGUUGAUGUCACAAGUAAGUGACCAAUCGCUUUUCCAAAAACACAAAUCUCAAUUACAAAUCCCUAACACCCACAAGACGAAUCUACCAUUUCGAGCGCCGCUGAAAAAUGCUCAUCUCUCUUCCCUCCUUCAACGCACCAUCUGCGUCUCGCAUUCUCCAUCCCCGGUAUUCUUUACCCUGAAAAAUCACCCGCUCAAUUAGAUCAAUCUCAAAUCCAACACACAUUCGCCGUUAACACGAUCGGUCCCCUGCUCCUUACCAAGCACUUUUCUCCCUUUCUCCCUCCAAAACGCUUAGAUCUCCCCUCAUUCCCUCGCACCGAAAACCUGCCUCCUCACUCCGUCUGGCUCAACAUGUCCGCACGAGUCGGCUCCACAUCAGAUAACACACUCGGAGGCUGGUAUAGUUAUAGAGCUUCGAAAGCCGCUGUUAAUUCACUAACGAAGACGUUUGACAAUUUCCUCAAAAUGAGACAUGGGGAUAAUGCAUUGGCUAUUUCCUAUCACCCCGGGACGGUAAAGACGGGCUUGUCCAAGGAUUUUUGGGGUGGUGUUAAGGAGGGGAAGUUGUUCAGUCCGGAGUUUGCGGUGGAGAAGAUGUGGGAUGUUGCAACGACUAAAGGGAUCGAGAGUAGGGGGCGAUGUUGGGAUUGGCGAGGGGUAGAGAUUCUGCCUUAAGGAGAAAAGCUGAAGGCAGUAUGCGAUGUGUUCACGCUCUUACCGAAGUGUCCUUGUUGUUCAACAUUAUUUCACACAAUUCCUUUAGCACUCUUGUAUCAUUAGCACUAUCUACGUUUUAUGGCUCACGAUAUCGUAAGAAACUGUGGUCACUUUUAUG